AUGCCUCCCUCGCUCUGGAAGAAGCUCCGCGCAAAACUCGCCAUCAAGAGAACCACCGCAAUCACCACAACCUCACCACCCUCGCCUCCGCCGACGCCUCCCCCCUCCCCCGUCCACAAAGCCCUUCACGUCCCAACCAACGCCUCAAAAACCUUCGCGAUUCCCGAACUCCUCGAACAAAUCCUCCUCAACCUCCCCACCCACGACCUCCUCAAAUCUCUCCGCGUCAACAAAACCUUUUCCUCAACCAUCCUCGCCUCCCCACUCCUCCAAGCCUCACUCUUCCUCCUCCCCUCUCUCCCCUCAACCUCAAGCCCCUGGCCAGGCCACACAAAGCGCAACACGCUCCUCGAAGCCCGGACGAGCACCUGGACAUCACCGCGCACCGGGAAAAUUUACACUCUCGCCAUUCGCUAUCGGAGGGAUGUGCAGAGAUAUGUGUACAGCUAUAGCGUCACGAUCACGGGCUCGAUGGAGUACUGGAAUGAUUUCGACGCUCCUCGGAGAACGCCGCCGGCACUUGUACGCGCAUCUGAUGGAAAUGGGGAGACGGCUGCGGUGUUUGUUGUUGAGCUGCGGGAUGUUCCGGGGAAGAGGAAAUUUUAUGGACGGAAGGUGAGGGGGAAAGGUUCGUGGCCGAGUUUGCCGCCUGUGUAUGAGAAAAUGAGAUUUUUCUUUCCGGCGAGGGGGUUUGAGGUCUCGGGUGAGACGAGGAAGGGGGGGACGUUUCGUUUGGGGGUGGAUGGGUCGGAGAGUUUGGGAGAGGUUUUGGUUAGGAUUGAGGGGGAUGGGAUGGGGGUUGGGGGAUUUGGCGAGAGGGCGAUAAGUUUGAAUGGAAAAUGUAUGUCGAUAGGAAAUCUUGCUGAUUCUGCCCUUCUAAGCCUUGUGGAAGCAUAUGCUACCAAAUUGAAAACUGGACGAGUAAGUACAGAUUAUCAGGAUGGGAGCGUUGCGAAAUGGGAUUUUUCUCCGUUGUUUCUUCGCCAAUCUAUCGAGGCGCUCCGGAAUUCCGUCGUGGACGAUGGCAAUGGACUGGGUUUACUGCUAGGCCUCGAAAGAAAAUAA